GCCUGGGCAUAUGUACAGCACAUAGUAUUGCCCCUAUUGCGCGAGAAUGUUAAGCCUCCGAAGAGCCGUCCUUUUCAAUUGCUUACGGAGUUUUUCAUCUGGUUCACCAAGAAACAUGCCAAUCAAGGUUGGUGAUGCUGUGCCUAGUGUAGAAGUGUGUGAGAACACACCAGGUGGUAAAGUGAAUGUAGCAGAACUUUUCAAGGGAAAGACUGGAGUAUUGUUUGCUGUUCCUGGAGCGUUCACUCCAGGAUGUUCAAAGACUCAUCUGCCAGGCUACGUUGGUGACUUUGAUAAACUCACAGCUAAAGGUGCAGAAGUUAUCGCCUGUGUGUCUGUCAAUGACCCCUUUGUAAUGGCUGCAUGGGGGGAAGCACAUAAAGCUGAAGGCAAGGUCAGAAUGCUAGCUGAUCUUCAUGGAGAGUUUACAAAGGCGGUUGAUAUGGUCCUUGAUGCUACUCCAUUCCUUGGAAACCAACGCUCAAAGAGAUAUUCCCUGGUAAUCAAGGAUGGUAAGGUGACAGCAGUCAAUGAAGAACCAGAUGGAACCGGUUUGACCUGCAGUCUGGCUGACACAGUGCUCAAUCAACUGUAGUGAAUGAAAUGAAUGAAAGGUCUUUUUUAUAAGUCAAUGAGAGUAUAUCAGUGUAAGCCAAAUGAGAAUUAAUGUCAUUCAUUCCUAUCACAUUUAGCAUUUUAUUUACCACCAAAAUUAUAAGACAAUCAUGUUCCUAGAUUUUAACUGAAGUUUGUUCAAUGUAUUAGAGUAUUUCAAUCCUGUAACGGAUCAUCCUCUCAAAGAAUUUUCUGUCUGGAAUUGCCAUGAAUGUAAGAAUGAUUUUAAAGGUAAUAUUGAGAUCUAAAUAGCGCAUAAGACACAAGUUUCAUACCCAGAGUACAAACUUGUUUUGAUUUCAAUAAUCACAUUGCUACUAUUUGCUCAUAUUCAUUAUCAAUUCCAGAUUCAAAGGCUCUUAAAUGAGAUGUAGCCUGCCUAUAAACUCAUUCUCCAAUCUUUGCAAUUCCAAACAGAAUCAAUAGUUCUCAUAAAUGAGGCAUUUCCAUACUUGUAAUUCAACAUUUUAUUAGUCAAAUAGCAAUUUUCUUACCAGAUCAUUUGAAACAUUUGUCUUAUUCACUUCUUAGAAGUCAAAUUUUGCAUUAGCUUUAUAUCUGGAAUAUAUUUUUAAACGCACAAAAGUGUUGUAGUAAGCUGCCUAAGGCCUACACUAGUGAAAGACGUUUAUAUGUACUAAGUUUGUAUUAAGUUGUGGAAGUCUGUUGGAGAAUAGAAAAUAUUUUAUUGAAUGUAGUAUUUUAGAUAUGGCUAAAGAAGGUCUAGAUCAUAUAUGCCUUGCCCUGUAUAACCAUGGUGCAACAUACAAUACUGUGGAAUAUUAAAGCCUAUUUGUCAAUGCUGUCUGCAUAGGGAAAGAUAAGGGUAUUUCUAUGUAAUGAUACAUUUACUUUCACAUUGUAGUAAAUAGAUAUUUCAUACUUUUUUCUGGUUUAUGCGGUACAUCAAUUUUAAUUUCAUUUUUUAUUUCCAACAAUAUACCCAGGUGGAAAUUUCAGUGCUCUUGAACUAGCAGAACAAGAAAAAAUUCACUAUGCAGAGUAAAAUAUGUCCAUACCUAAUAAAUAUUCUGUAUGUGAAUAAUUGGAUGACAAAUGGUCUAUGAAAUAGGCUAUGAAUGUAUUGAUAAAAUAAUAAAAUCUUUAAGUCAUU